UUUUUCUUUUCCGACAAAUGUUAUAUUUUCUGUUCUUCGUGAAUUCCGCAAUUAAAUCUCAAAUGGCGUUGUCUGUAUGAGUUCAUCAAUCCAUGACUGAUACUCUUCCCUUGUUUCAGUCUAUCUAUUAAAAAUGAUUCAUCAAUCAAUUUCAAAUCCUUCCAUCUCUUCAAUCUCUUCAAUCCCAGCUUCAAAACUCAGAUCCAUAGAUUUCUAUUAUCGGCCGAGAAUUCGAUCGGAAGCCGUUGAUUCUAGGAAGAAGCUCGAUUCUGAGCUCUCAUCUUCUUCUUCUUCGAAGACGAUAUCGUCGCCUUCGAAGCUAUUUGAAUCUAAUGGGGCUUCGUCAAAGGGUCCGUAUCCUGGAGGAAUGGGGCCGUACACAGGCAGAGAUCCCAACGUGAAGAAGCCGGAAUGGUUGCGACAGAAGGCACCGCAGGGGGAGAAGUUUCAGGAGGUUAAAGACUCUUUGUCAAGGUUGAAGCUCAACACUGUUUGUGAAGAAGCACAAUGCCCCAAUAUUGGAGAGUGCUGGAAUGGAGGUGGAGAUGGUAUUGCAACUGCAACAAUAAUGCUUUUAGGAGAUACUUGCACCCGUGGCUGUAGGUUUUGUGCUGUGAAAACCAGCAGGAACCCAGCUCCACCUGACCCAAUGGAACCAGAGAACACUGCUAAGGCUAUUGCAAGCUGGGGUGUGGACUAUAUUGUUCUGACAAGUGUUGAUCGUGAUGAUAUACCUGAUGGAGGAAGUGAUCAUUUUGCUCAGACAGUCAAAGCAAUGAAGAAGCUCAAGCCUGAGAUUAUGGUCGAGUGUUUGACUUCUGAUUUCCGGGGUGAUUUAAAUGCCGUAACAACUCUGGUACAUUCAGGGUUGGAUGUGUUUGCCCACAACAUUGAAACUGUGAAACGGCUGCAGCGAAUUGUCAGAGAUCCUCGAGCAGGGUAUGAGCAGAGUUUAUCUGUUCUGAAACAUGCAAAGCUCUGCAAGGAGGGAAUGAUAACAAAAUCUUCAAUAAUGUUGGGUCUUGGUGAAUCAGAUGAGGAGCUGAAGGAAGCCAUGGCUGAUUUAAGAGCCAUAGAUGUUGAUAUCUUGACACUUGGACAGUAUUUACAGCCAACUCCAUUGCACUUGACUGUCAAGGAGUAUGUCACUCCUGAGAAGUUUGCUUUCUGGAAAGAGUAUGGAGAAUCAAUCGGUUUCCGUUAUGUAGCCAGUGGGCCCUUGGUUCGAUCCUCAUAUCGGGCAGGCGAGCUCUUUGUUAAGACCAUGGUGAGAGAAAUGUCCAAAAUCAGUUCAAGCAGGUCCUAGUGCUUCUGACAAUGGUUUCCAUGAAUGUUGCACAUCAAGAAGGCUAGAUGUUAGGAACUGAGGGUGUAAGAAGCUGCAAAGGUGGCAAUCUGGAGCUGAUUUGGCCAUAAUCAUUGUAAGAUCUGAGGAAUGUUAAGAAGGGUACUAAAAUUUUGUUGUA